ACAAGCCGCCCUGGGAAAGUCUCGCGCGCGCGCUCUCCCCGCCUCCUCCUCCUCCUCCUCAGCAUCCUCUGACAGUCUCCCUCCUCCUUCUCCUGUCAGCUGAAGCACCGCCUCAUUCAGGUCCAGCAGAAGCUCUCUCUCUCUCUUUUUUUUGGAGGCGAGAAAAGAAGGGCUCAAAGAUGCCUAACUCCAAAAAGAAGCAGAGAUUAGGAAUUAUCACCCUAUGAGAACCUUUGGAUUUUGAUCAAAUGCCUGGAGAAGUCCAGCAGCCUAGAGCAGGUCACCAUCAUCCGCUCCUGUGAUCCUGUCAUCUCCACCUUCCCAAUUCACAGCUCGGGUCCAAAUCGUUUUCCUGCCACAGCUUGUGCCACGAAUGGCUACCCAGAGGAAGCACUCUGUGAAAGAUUUCAAUCCUUAUAUCACUUGUUGUAUCUGUAAAGGAUAUCUUAUCAAACCAACUACAGUAACUGAGUGCCUCCAUACUUUUUGCAAAAGUUGUAUUGUACAGCACUUUGAAGAGAGCAAUGACUGUCCCAGAUGUGGCAAUCAAGUCCAUGAGACAAAUCCAUUAGAAAUGUUACGGCUCGAUAACACAUUAGAAGAAAUAAUAUUUAAGUUGGUCCCGCAACUUCGAGAAAAGGAACUGCACUGUGAGGCUGAAUUCUGGAGGAAAAACAAACCUCAAGAAAAUGGAGAAGAAGAAAAUAAAAAAUCCCCACAUCCCAAAGAUAAUGAAAAUGAAGAUGAAAAUCAAGAGGAUAAAGACUAUCACAGGAGUGACCCGCAGAUUGCUAUUUGUUUGGAUUGUUUACGUAACAACGGCCAGUCUGGGGAUAAUGUAGUAAAAGGACUGAUGAAAAAAUUUAUCCGGUGUUCUACACGUGUGACUGUAGGAACACUCAAGAAGUUUCUAAGUUUAAAAUUAAAGCUUCCAAGUUCUUAUGAGCUGGAUGUACUAUGCAAUGGGGAAAUCAUGGGGAAAGAUCAUACUAUGGAAUUCAUCUACAUGACAAGAUGGAGACUACGAGGAGAAAAUUUUCGGUGUCAGAACUGCUCAUCUUCACAAGUCUGCGCACAGGAUGGCUCUUUUUAUCAGUCUUACCCCAUGGUACUCCAGUAUCGACCCAGAAUUGACUUCGGUUAGACCAAAGGGCCAGAUCCCACUGAGAUUAAUCCUGCACUGUGUUUACCCAUCGACAGAUUGCACAAUGAAUGGAUGUGCCUGGAUUGGGGGAGGAGAGGGACAUAGCCAGAAUUUCGGCAUGGAAACAUGGACUUUUUCUUCUUCUGAUCAACUACUUUUUCCCUCCCCUUGUUAGAAUAAGCCAAGUGCCAUUCUGCUACUGAAACACUCAUGAGAUAUUUGUGGCAUCAAAGACUGAAAAUUGUAGCCAAAUUGUUAAAUGUAUAGUCAAGAGUCUCAAUCUCUGAAUAUUUUAUUUGCCUGUUAGAAACCUUCACUGGUCCAUGACAUUGGUUAUGUUAGCAGAGAUAGCCAUCUGCUCUUUCACAUUUGGUGUUGCAAUUGUUGUUUUUCACUUGUAUUAUUUUACUGAAAAUAUUGUUUAAAAUAAGUACUGUAUAAAAAGGUUAUAUCUAUACCUUAAAAUAUUUUGUAUAUAAUAUAUGUUUUAGAAAUGUGGUUAUUGUGCCACUACCUUUAUCUUGUUCAGUUUCACAUAGAUCCAGGUAUAGCUCACUCAUUAGUUUGCAGCAGUGUUUUUGUAGCAUCUGAAAACUUAGAUUUUCUGUCAGCAAAAGUUAAAUACGUUCCAUCAAAAUUGAACAGAAAGGGUCUAAUAUGUAUCAUAGCUUUUAUUCAACUGCACAUAUGUGACUUUAUAGAGAGUUUUUUGACUUGGAGAAGUACCAAUUCAGCAGGUAAGGUUGCCUUUUCAAAAAGUUUACUUCAAAAACAAGGAAAAAGCAGGAACCUUCAAGAUUGAUUUCUUCCAAAUGGUAUUUAUCUCUUGUCAAUACAUGCUUCCCUUUUUGAAAAUCUUUUUUUCUAUAUAUUUUUUUUAAAUAUUGGCAACAAUGAAAAAGAGCAUAGGCUGAAACUGGUGGUCUUAAUUAUGGUGGAUUAAGACUACAGGUUUUUAAAUAGACCUCCCUCUGACCAUAUCGAGUGAGAUACAGCAAGAUACUGUAAAAUGCAGCAGUAUUGUAGCAUUCACAACCACAUACUAUGGUCAGUUGGAAUUUAGCACUAUUGUAGAUCUUGUUGUGACAUCUAAAACUGAGAUAUAUUUAUAUAUUAACUACCUGAUUAAAACUUCUGGCUUUUUCAGGGUUUUCUUUUUCAUAGAAAUCAGUAAUAUUACAAAAAUGUUCAUGGUUGCCUUAGUAUUCUUUCUAGUUUGAAGCAUCUUGUGUUAUGGUUAUCAUUGCAGAGAUCAUAAUAUACAUUAUAUUUUCCUGUCUUCCAUUAUUUUGCAUAAUUAAUAGCCAAAAUAACAAUAUAGUUCGGUAGUCCAUACAACUCCUAAUAAAUACAUUCAUUGGUGUAGUAAAUCAGACACCAUAAAUAAUUUAACUUACUUUAACAAGCUAUGGUGUGCUACUCCUAAUAAAUACAUACGUUUGUGUAGUGAACCGGACACCAUAAGUAAUUUAAUUUACCUUAACAAGCUGUGGUGUAAUUAAGGCAGUUUAGGAGCUAUGACACAACAACUGAGCUUGCUAAAGAAGGGAUGAAAAUAUAAAAGAUUAUAGACUGUUGUAGCUGGAGAAAUAGUGCGAAAUUCUUGCAAAACCAAAUGUUCCCCUGAGGCUUCAUACGAGAGACAUGAGUUCCACUCUAGAGCAAUUUAAAUAAGAGCAGACUACUGUGUUUCAAAUCCAAUACUUGCAUAGUUUCCUCUUCCUGCACAGUGUGGUCAGAGCUGACAAACACAACAAAUCAGAAGGACUGUUGAACCCAUGUGUAGAUGCAUUGUAAGGGUCUGCCCUCCUGUGGUAGAGAACAUGCAGCUGUCUAGCGGCUGGGUUAAUGGGAGAUCCUGUACAAAAGAUCCUAUCAACCCUGGCUAUUGGGCAUGCUAUCUGUGAAUGAUAGGAUUUGGACUCAAACAGCAUGUUCUCUCUUCCUGAUCUGGGCUUCUUGAAAGGAUGUAUGCAUAUUCAGUAAAAUCGCAUCACUUUUUCUGCCUUUGAACAACUUUUCUGCAGUUUCCUUCCAUUUCCAAGAUACGUACUAUUCUGCAUGUGAGAUUAGCGCUUAUAAACACCAAGUCUACAGUUCCUUUGGGCUUAUAAAACUAAAUAUGUGGAGCUUAGUCAGCUUUUUACACAUUCAUGUAAACAUCAACUUCCAGUAUAGACUUGACUAUGUUACAAAAAUGUUUUCUAUCUGCAUAUUAGCAUUUAUAGAAUGUGUGCAAAUUCCCAUUUGCUAAGAGCUCAUUUGAACUUUAUCUAGGAGCCCUGCUAAUGGUGUAUAUAGCCAAAGGAUAUACAAAUUAUUUCUUCAUCUUCUACCAAGAAUUUGGACAACAUAAAAAGCAGGAGAAGUACCUGCUGAAUUCCAGUGCAGAACAUGUAUAUAUUGUCAUAAGAAAUACAUGUGAGUCAUCACUUGAGUUGUUCCCCCAGAAUUUGAGGUUUCCUUCAAGUGUAGCUUUUCAUUAGUAUUGGAACUAGUUUCUCAAUAUUGAUGCUGUGGAGGGGAAUUCAGUUGGCUAGAAGGACAUAUCAGUUCUUUCCUACCAGUGCUUUGCAGUGAUAUGGCAGAACGUAUCAGUUCUUUCCUACCAUUCACUUUCUGCACUCACACAAAUAGCAGAACAGUCUUAUUUCCAAAUAGAUGUAUUUCUUUUUGAAUUUUUUCAGAUUUCCUGUGCAAAAUUAAAGCCUUUGUUUGACUCAUAAGAGGAAAUGUAACAUUUCAAAGCUUCGUUUCAGCUCAUUUCAAAACAUUCUAAAACAAAUAGAUUUUUUACUUUAAUUUAAGCCUUUUUAUACUCUCAUAGAUCAAUAGCUUUUCUUUUCACUGUAUAGAAAGGAUCAUAUGAAACCAAGCAUCUGUGGUCAAAAUGCAAAAAUGUUCAUUCAGUUUUAGACUAGAACCUAUACCUAUUUCAUUUUCCUUGAUUAAUGAGAGUAGAUUUUUUUGAAUUAUUUUUUAAAAAUCAUGUAAUUCCAAGACAGAUUUGUCAACUGUGAAACUGAGAGCCUUAAUAAGUUUCUUGCACAUGUAAACUCCUUGUGGCCUACAGUUUUUUUUGUUUGUUUCUGAUACCGUUGCACAGUGCCUCUGCCCAGUUGGUUGGAAAAAGGCCACCACUAGAUGUCUUCUAGAGAACUUUGUAAUGUCUUCAUAUACCAAUGAAAGAUUCUGCCCAUUCGCAUUUUACAGCACUCAUAAACAUUUUAUUGUCCCAAGAAAUAACUAAAAAUGAAAGGUUAAUCAGAGACUACAGGGCUAGGGAACAAUUGCAAGUGAAGACAUUCGUAUUCCUUUCAAAUUAUGGAUAGGGAGAUUUGCAUUGCAAAGUGUAAAUCAGAACUGGAGGGCACGGGUUUCACAAGAUGGGUGAUAGCAGUGGUGUUUGAUCUGGAUCACUUAUGAGCCUAGAAUGUCCUGAGGGCUUUAUAUUCCAAAUCAUGACUUCUAUCACUGAGUUAUGAGAUGGAAUCAUAACUCAAUGGUAGACCACAAGUAUUGCAUUGAGAGGGCUUCUUGGUCAACUGCUAGCAUGUUUAAUUUCAAGGAUUUUGGUUACCAGGUAAUUAAAAAUGACAAAAUUGGACAACUGCUGAAUAAGUAGACAAUACUAGAAUUGAGUGACAAGAAGUACGAGCCAGUAUAAUUUUUUUAGCAUUGAAAAAAAUCACUCCAAAUACAUAGAUUUGUUUCCCUUAUAGCAAAUUGGCCAUUUUCCCCUCACAGAAGCAUUUGAAGCUACUGUUUAGCAUGUUCUGUUCAAAGAUUGUACUAGUGCUGUAGUAUUGCUGUGCCUUGGUACUCACAUUCAAAGCACCAAGAGAUUGCAACAAGCCAUAUGUUAUAUAUGUAGACCGCAUGGUUGAACUGAAGCAGCAAUGUUAUAACUUAAAUGCUAAAAUGUUCCUGCUUUACUUCCCAAUAAAGCAGUGGUUCUCAACCUGUGGGUCCCCAGUUGUUUGGACCUACAACUCACAGAUAUCCCAGCCAGUUUUACCAGCUGUUUGGAUUUCUGGGAGUUGAAGGCCAAAACAUCUGGGCACCCAAAGGUUGAGAACCACUGCAGUAAAGAAAUUUCAGCAAGAUGGUACUAAACAGUAUCUUUCAUGUGCCAAAUGAUUUGCUUUUUUCUUUCCCUGUUUUUUCCUUUCUUCUUUGGAUGGUGUCCAAUUUCCAAUGUCUAUGUAAUACAAAUCUGUUAAAUCAGCUUAGAUUAUAAAAUAUUAAAACAUCCAAUAUUUCAUGUUCAAAAAGUCAAUAAUUUAAAAACAAUUAUUUAAGUGUUAGGUGGAGAAAAUACUUUAAAGAAUGUAUAGGAAGAAUGCUCUUCUUAAUUUUGGAGUGCAAAUGGUCCACUGCUGGAGAGUAGUCGCCACUUUGAAUCUCAUUUAGGGCGGGUGGACAGGAUAUAAAUAAAAAAAGAAGAAAUAAUAAGAAAAAAAUAUUUCAAUGGCUGCUUUUGUCUCUUGCUGAAGCAAAGCAUUAGACUAAAUGUGCAAUUUUAUGCUGCAUUUAUUAAUAUGGCAUAUUUUAUGUGUAUAUAUGCUUCUAGAAUUGCAGGCAUAGUACCAAACAGACAAAAAAAAAAUAAAGGCAAACACAUAUAGUUUAUAUGUAUUUGCUGAAAGGAACAGAGUGAUAUAGACAGAGGCCAGAAUCCUACUGAGCAGUUCUAGAUCCUUAACUACCUACGCAGUGAAUUCUGGCUCAAUUCUCCAAUCCCCAUUUACCUGGAAGCAGAUGAUGCACUCAGCAGGGAUCUAUUCUCCUGUAGCUUGAAAGGCAGUUGGCUGACAUUCCGCCAUUGCAACAGGCAGAAGUGAGGACCUCUAGCAAUUCCUCCUCACCCCUAAAAUCACUUGUAACAGGGUAGGAUAGAACCAUUCACUAAUUCCUAACUCACAGAGGAAUGGAUCACUGUUGAUUGCAGUGGCUUCUUCCUGGUAAGGAGGGAUUUGGAGACUCUCCUAGUCGCUAGGUAUUUCCUAAACUAGGUAUUGUGUAGGGAUUGGAAGUACCACACAGUUAUGAACUCAGAACUCUGAGUUACACAUUCAUGUCAUGUUUAGCAAUUUGCGAGAUAAAAUAGGAAGCCAGUUUCCAUAUUAUUUGUAACGUUAGUUAAAGUUUACGUAAGCAAGACCCCUGGGGACUUGUUUCCCCUAAGAAUGGAAUUCUUAUUUUGCCUAGAAUCAGAUUUUGUUGUUAUUUUUCAGGUGGAUUAUGCCUGCAUUAUUAUCAGUUGAUUGAGAAUUUAUCUCACAACCCUCAAAAAAGGAAGGAGUAUAUUUUACAGAAAUCGCCUUUUCUCCUUUUUCAUAUAUUUGUGUGGGUGCCCUAUUAGUUAUCUCUUAGGCCCCUUCCACACAGCUGAAUAAAAUCCUAGAUUAUCUGCUUUGAAUUGCAAUAUAUAUGGCAGUGUGGACUCAGGGCCCUUCCACACAGCCCUAACUCCCAGAAUAUCAAGGCAGAAAAUCCCACAUUUUCUGAGUGUGGAUUGUGGGAGUUGAAGUCCAAAACAUCUGGAGGGCUCAAGUUUGCCCAUGUCUGGAUACUUAUAGACAUGGUUUGGUUUAGUUCAGUGGUUCUCAACCUGUGAGUCCCAGAUAUUUUGGCCUUCAACUCCCAGAAAUCCUAACAGCUGGAAAACUAGCUGGGGUUUCUGGGAGUUGUGAGCCAAAACACCUGGGGAUCCACGGGUUGAGAACCACUGGCUUAGUGGAUUUUAUGCACUCCUUUAGUAGUUUCUGCCCUUUAGAUUAACAAAUGAGGCAAUGCCAAGUGAUGCAUUAUAUAUCAGUUGAUUUGUUGCAUCUUUUCCACAUUAAUGAGUAAUUUCUUUUUUUAAAAAAAAACCCUCAAAACUACUGAAUUUUAAAUUUUGCUUCUUAAUUGAUCUAUUUGUUAACUUUCUGGAAAGCAACAAAAUAGAUUCUCCCAUAGUACACUAUCCAAAAGAGAAACUAUGACUUAUUGAAAUGCAUAUAUUUACAUAUACUGACGUAGAGUCAUUGUAUGCAUACUUAAUGAGGACGCAAGUACCACUGCUAUUAAUGGGAUUGACUUCUGAGUAAGCAUACAUACUAUGGACUUAAGAAUCCUUAUAAAAUGUGAUCCAAGAAGAAAGAAUAUGAGUAGUAGGAUAUCUGUAUUUCGUUGUAUCUGGUUGGUGAUUUAUCAGUUUGUACUGCAACAGAUCUUGCCAUUGGUUUAGUUCUUGAUGUGUUAUAGCCCAUUGCUGAUUUUGUUUUGAAGUAUGACAUAUUUUAAGCUUUUCGUCAAAAGUGGUAACAUCUUAUAAGAAACCUUUUUGUGGUUGUAAAAUUUAGCUUAUAAAUCAUUCAAAUUGAAGUGAAAAAUACCAAGUCAUUAUUAAUGACAUAGUAUAGCCUACUUAUUAAAAAAUAUAUGUAUUUUUGUAAUGGAAAUGCACUUGUAAAUAUUUAAUUUGUCUAUUAUCUCUGGUUUGUUCUGGGGAAAACGCUGCUGUUUAGGGGAAUCACCUUAUUAUUUUUAGUUUUGGGCUUAAAUGUAUUUUUGUUCCUUUGCAUUUGUGGCAUGUUCAUUCUGUACAAUGCUAAGUAGUUACAACUGGGCUAAAUGCAUUUCAUACCGGGGCAUAUCCAAUUACAUCUUGUUCAUGACAAGUCUCUCAUUAAAUCCUACCUGAAAGCAGAAUAUACAUUUGAUGCUGUUUUCAUCUUUAAUAUUAGCUACCUUCUACUUAACAACAUUCCUGCUUUUGCUAUUAUGUUACAACAAAGUUAUCAUUUCAUUACGAAGAUCACAUUCCAGAGAGAUCUAUCAAUACAGUUUAUAAUAGGUUUGCCAUCUUUUUGUAGCAAUAAUAUUGUGCUCAUUUGCAUGCAUAUGAGCACAGCUAAGUAUGCAUGGCAGGUUGAGCCAUAGUAAGGUCUAGUGCAGUAAUUCCCAACUUGUGGUCCGUGGACCACCAGUUGGCCACAAGAACUAAAUUAUGGUCUGCGGCCUCACUGUUACUACACCCUUGCGAGACUGGUCUCGCAAAACCCUCAUGUGGUGCCGAGGCUUAUUAAAUAUGGUUUCUGUGGGCAAACAGAUGGUGACUACUGGAUGGCAUAUGUUCUGUAUCAGAGACUAGAGCUGAUGUGAUCUAUCCAAUGCAGUUUCCUUAAUCAGCACCCCAAAUAACCAAACUGAAUUUAAAGUUGACCAAAAACCGAUUCGUAACCCUUUUGGUACUAAUGUUGGAGAGUUGUCCCUAGUCAAAGUGGUCCCUGGUCAAAAAAAGGUUGGGAACCACUGGCCUAGUGAAUUGGUGUAAAAUGUAAAGUAAAAUGGCAGGAAAGAACCAUAAGAAAAAGUAGAAGUGGGUCAUCAUAGACUGGUAGCUGCCGGGCCCAUGGUCAAUUUAUUUUUUACUGAUUCCGUGCCAAAGACAUUGGUUGGCUCACUAAACCCGGUUCACAAAUACAUUCUCAUGUUCCCCCAAAUUUUGUUUUGUCAUAUCAAUACAAUAGAUAGGUAGGCAGACAGGUAAAUAUUCAUAUUCCAAAUGUAGGGAAGAAUGUGGGUUUUUAUACCUGGAUAUUUUGCAAAUAUGUUCCCUAGGAAACUGUUCUUGGAAACACACAGCAUUUCAGCGGUAGUUAGUGUGUGACACAUACAAAGUGGAGUUUCUUCCAGCUGUUCUUUUAAAAUAGGGAAAGCCUUUGAAAAUUCUGCAGUGGGAUAAUUAUUUCUUAACAUUUCUUUCCUGAGCCACUAAAUACUCUAUAGCAGACAUGGGCAAACUAUGGCCCUGUUGGACUGAUGUGGCCCACAGGGUGCUUACCUCAGGCCCUCUUCGUUUUCCCUGUCCUCUCAGCAUAAGGACACAUUGGCUUGCCACAUCCUUAUGCAGAAAGAAUGGGGGAGGAAGAUACACAGCAGCUGAGAGCCCUCUGGAGCACUCUCUGCCAUCACAUGUCUCAUUUUUCUCCUGGCAUAAGGAUGGGGCAAGCAGGACCCAGGAGGACAACCUGGGGAUGACCCGGGUCCUGUCCCAUGCCCUCCCAGCCCCACCUCUCACAGGCCCUCUGCCUCCCAGACCCAUUUCAUCCAGCAUGUGCCUGGCCCAGCCCGGCCACUCGGUUGAGCCCACAAUGCAGCCCCGUGGCAAAAAAGUUUGCCCAUGACUGUUCUAUAGAAUUAGGAAAGUUGAAAUAUAGCUGGAACUGAAUCUAGUGGUCAAAAACUGGUUCCAGGUCAUUUUUGUGAUUCUAAGAUUUUAUCUAGUUUGAAUCCUUGUAGGCCUGUAGAAGGACUCCAUGCAUGUAAACACACCAGUGGAAUACAGUAGCAAUGGGUCCAUCUGAAUGACCCAAAGUUCCCUUCUUCAUUUUGUGCCCUGUCUCUGUAUUUUAAUAUUGUUUGUUAAUCUUUUUUUUAAAAAAAAUCUUUAUUAAUAACAUUUCCAAAUUAUAGGAAAUAAAUAUAGUGUUUACAUCGAAAGUAGGAGAACAUUUUAUAGAUAAAAGAAUAGUAGGAAAAAGUAAAAAGUUGAUGUGUGAGAGGGGAGCCCCCCCCCAAAAAAGGAGAUAGAAGGUGUAAAAAUAAAUUUUAAAAAAGGAUAUUUGUUAAUCUUAACUUCCUUUGAAGCCUAAUAUGUAUCUGAAGGUAGAUACCAUUAAACUGCGUAACAGAUGUGAAUAUUUUCUCACAUUUGCAGAAAUACACUGUUAUAAUCAGUCUUAAAAAGAGGUACAUAAAAGGUUGAAGCCAAGAAAAGAGUAGGUAGGUGAAAAACAGAAUGAGGAUCCUGUACCUUUAAUGCUUGUGUAGCUACUAAAGGUACAGAAGCUUUCUCCAAGCCCAAAUUCAUGUACUCAUCCACUUGUUCACAGCUACUUUUGCUUAAUAAUUUUAUGAAACAUAAUUGACAUAAUUACAUGUCACUUCUUUGACAUAAUAACUGUUUUUCAAACCCUGUAUGCAAUGCUAAUAUUAAUAAUGUCCACAGCAUCACUGUAAGCUUCUGACAGAAACCACAUCCUGUAAGUCCAUAUGCUGCAAUAUGCUUUUAGCCCAGUUGAACAAAAUCCUAUAAAAAUCAAGUUGGGCAAGUUGUAUAAAUAAUUUGCUUGUUAGCACUGAAUUGCUAUUUUCUGAAAGCAAUAAAUAUAUCCAUGUUGUAACAUCUGUUUGUGCAACCUAUGUGAAGAGGCAUUUUGUUGCACUUUUGUUUUUCUAUAUAAUUUAUUUUGUGCUAUAAAAAGAAUGAUUUGUUUCA